AUGGCUUUCUGUAUCACUUUCGGAACACAUGAGUUCUCUUCUCAGCUCGAAGGCUAUGAGAAUGUUCGCGCGUACUGCUACAACUGCCAACAUUGGAAUGGCCAUUGUAUCACCCGGUGGCCUUUCUUUACCGUUUGCUUCAUUCCCUUGAUUCCCCUCUCUUUCCACAAGUACCAGGAGGUCAUCUGCCACACAUGUCGCGUCUCUCAAGAUCUACGUGACCGACCGGACAUCACACCGGAAACGAGGCCCCCAGCAGGUAUGCAAUAUGGCAUCCAGCCGCCUCCUGGCGCCCAAUGGCAACAACAGCCUAUCCAACAGCCACCCCCUCAAGCGCAGGGAGGCCUGGGGUACAAAUGA